AUGAUCGAUGUGGAAGCGGUGACCCACGGAAAGACGGUUUAUCUUACGUUUGUGUAUGGUGAUCCUGUUCCAAAAUUAAGAGAACAAGUGUGGGAACGUUUGACGAGAUAUGGACUUGCGCGUUCAGAACCCUGGUUCAUCAUUGGGGAUUUAAAUGAGAUUACUGGAAAUCAUGAAAAGGAUGGAGGAUCACUGAGGAGUGCGGAUUCUUUUAUUCCUUUUAAUAAUAUGAUAAGGAAUACUGGGUUAUUGGAAUUUCCGGCACGGGGAAAUAAAAUGUCAUGGCAAGGGAGAAGGGGAAAAGGAAAAGGGGCAGUUACGGUAAGAUGUCGUCUAGAUCGAGCUUUAGCAAAUGAGGAGUGGCAUACUUUGUUUCCAUGUUCUUUUACAGAAUACUUAGGGAUGGUGGCUUCUGAUCAUCGCCCAGUUGUGGCUUAUCUGAAUGAUAAAGUCACUAGGAGAAAAGGGCAAUUUCGGUUUGAUAAAAGAUGGAUUGCACAAGAAGGUCUUUUGGAAUCAAUUACAAUGGGCUGGUCAGAUUAUAGUGCAACAAGGGAAACUGGGAUAGUGGAAAAAAUUAGUAAUUGUCGACAUGAAAUUGCUAAAUGGCGGAAAAAUAAUCCUCCUUAUGGGAAGGACAAAAUUAAUGAGUUACAAAAAGCUCUUGAAGAGGUACAAACAGAUAAUUCUAGAUCUCAAGAGGAUAUUAUCGAGGUCUCAAAGAAGUUGCAAGAUGCAUAUAAAGAUGAAGAGGAGUAUUGGCACCAAAAGAGUAGGAAUACGUGGUAUACAUCUGGGGAUCUCAAUACAAAAUUCUAUCAUGCUUUGACUAAGCAACGACGGGUACGUAAUCGGAUUGUGGGUUUAUAUGAUGCUUUGGGAAAUUGGAUUACGGAAGAUAUGGGUGUGGAAAAAGUGGCAGUGGACUAUUUCGAAGAGCUUUUCACUACCACUUCUCCAACGGAGUUUGAUGACUUUCUCACAGAGGUAUCACCAGGUAUUACUCCUCAAAUGAACCAACGUCUGUUAAGAGUAGCAUCAGAGGAUGAGGUCAGAGAAGCCCUUUUUAUGAUGCAUCCAGAGAAGGCACCAGGACCGGAUGAAACUCAGUCAGCUUUUGUGCCAGGAAGGUUAAUCUCUGAUAAUAUUCUUAUUGCUCAGGAAAUGUUUCAUGGAUUACGGACGAACAAGGCGUGCAAAGGAAAAUAUAUGGCAAUUAAAACGGACAUGAGUAAAGCUUAUGAUAGAGUGGAAUGGGAUUUUAUAAAGGCUCUCCUACAGAAGAUGGCUUUGAAAGAGGAAUGCCAUACUAUCCUUAGGAUCUUAAAGGAAUAUGAGGUUGUAUCAGGUCAGCUUAUAAACUUUGAUAAGUCCUCUAUCCAAUUCGGGCACAAUAUUGAGGAAUCAACUAGACAGGACUUAAGAGAUAUAUUGGGAAUUCAGAAUCUUGGAGGUAUGGGAUCUUAUCUAGGUCUUCCAGAAAAUUUGGGAGGAUCCAAGAUACAGGUUUUUAGCUUUGUGCAGGACCGGCUAAAUAAUAGGGUUAAUGGUUGGACUUUUAAGUUCUUCACAAAGGGAGGAAAAGAAGUGAUUAUUAAAUCUGUGGUAACGGCAUUACCAAACCAUGUGAUGUCUGUUUACCGUUUACCUAAGGCAACAACUAAAAAACUGACGACCGCGGUCGCACAAUUCUGGUGGAGCCCAGGGGGAAGGACAAGAGGUAUGCACUGGAAAUCAUGGGAUAAAGUGUGUCUUGAUAAGGAAGCUGGGGGCUUAGGUUUCAAGGAUAUUACAGAUUUUAAUACAGCAAUGCUUGGAUAUCAGAUCGAACGGGUUUAUCCAGACAGGGAAAGACCACCUUUAAAGUUUGGACCCACGGUUGAUGCUUUGAAGGCUUUCUGCUGGAAAAUACGGUUGUAUAGCAGUCAAGAAGAAUCUGAAAGCGAGAGGAAUACAAGGUGA